GAUUAUCUUCACCAGCCUUCACUUCUGCUACUCGCUCUUUGUACCAGAAUGGUUUUUCCAGCUUCCUUCUCCCACUCCGCUUCUCUGCAACUCUCCGCUUCCUUCCAUGGCGAACGAACAACUUCCACUUUACUUCCCUCAUCUACAUCAUCGAACUCAUGUCCGUUCGUGGGUUCCCAGCUUGCCUUCUCCGCAUCUCUGCGCGGUAGCAAAACGAUGUCUCCGUCCAGGCUCGUGGUUUACUCGAGAAGGCUGUCCGGUUUAGAAGAAGCAAUGAAAAUGCGAAGGGAGAGGGAGCAAAGAGAAAGAAGUAAUACUAAGUUUACGAGGCCGCUUCCUUUGAGGCGUGGGAGGGUUUCUCCUCGGCUACCGGUGCCUGAUGAUAUACCUAAACCUCCGUAUGUGAGCACCAAAGAAUUGCCAGAGCUUGCUAGUGAGCAUCAGUUUCAUGACGCUGAAGGCAUUGAGAAAAUGAGGGCUGCUUGUGAGCUUGCUGCUCGGGUGCUCCAAUCUGCUGGCGAAUUGGUCAAGCCAUCAAUCACUACAAAUGAAAUUGACAAAGCUGUGCACCAAAUGAUCAUUGAUGCUGGUGCAUACCCUUCACCUCUUGGUUAUGGAGGAUUCCCAAAGAGUGUGUGUACAUCGGUCAAUGAGUGCAUGUGUCAUGGAAUACCUGAUUCUCGUCAACUGCAGGACGGAGACAUAAUAAACAUUGAUGUCACGGUCUACUUGAAUGGUUACCACGGUGAUACAUCGAAAACAUUUCUGUGUGGAAAUGUUAAUGAUAUUCUGAAACGGCUGGUGAAGGUGACUGAAGAAUGCAUGGAAAAAGGAAUAGCAGUUUGCAAAGAUGGUGCCAGUUUUAAGAAAAUUGGCAAGAGAAUUAGGUACUCCGUGACUUUGCUUUGUGAUUGGUUUCCUUUUGGUCCUUACUUUAGGUGAGAAGUAGAGCUAUCACAGUUUUUUAAGUGGUGUGAUCCAGUGGGAUGACAAGUAGUUUCG